GCGAGAGGGAGCGGUGGAUUGGUGGACGGCGGCUACGGCGGAAGGGCGAGAGCGAGUGAGAGAUUGGUGGACGGCGGCUACGGCGGAAGUGCGAGAGCGAGAGAUGAAUUUCGUUAAGGCGGCUUUGGCGGGGAUGCUACUGGCAUUAUUGAUUAUGUAUCUCACAUUCGGUCCGAUUGGGUCCAUUUUGCUUCUGAUUCUGAUUGGAAUUAUUGGAGUUCGUUAUCGAGAUCCUGAUGACGAGCUUCCGCAAGCUGGAGUUGACGUUGAAGAGCCCAUUGCAGAGUUGUCUGUUCCUCGUGUACGUCAUCGUCAGCGUUCAGGGUCCAUGCCGUGGCCUAAGCCUUGUGCUAAGCCUUGGCCGAGUCCUCCGACUUCUGCGACUCUUGAGGGUGAUGAGACUCCUCGGCUGAUGCUGGAUGGACUGCUGAAUAUUUUGCUCGACCUCCUGUGCCUGCAAGAAAGGAGAGAAGAAAGCCGCAUUCUGAGUAACUCCUCAACCUGGAGUUCCUCCUGAGGAAGCAGGGUUGCAAUAGUCGUUGAAUCUUCUACCGGUACAUGACAACUGUGUGGACCAAUGGGCUUAGCAACCUUCAUUGUUAUAAAGAAAGAUGCUACCACAUUGAGUCUAUUGCUGGAGAAGAAGAUCAAUAUAUAUGUUAAGUAGCUUACCCUUUAGACCUUUUUGAAGAAGGUUGUAACUAAUAUGUUUACUUCCAUUAUAGGUAAUGUAUUUGGGUUCAAAGCCCUGCGCGCUCUACAUCUAGAGGAUCUAUGAAUCCCUCAUUCCUAUAUGAAAACUUUCCAAGGCCCACCUCAUGGCAUCCAAGUUGAGAGAGAUAAAUUGAAAAAGUACGGGCAUCCCCUAUUGGGAUGUACUAUUAAACCUAAAUUGGGGUUAUCUGCU